AUGGCGGCCUCCUUCCUCAGGCCUCUCCUUCCUCCCCAGCCCCUCCUCUCCGCCCGCAGACCCCACCUCCCCGCUGCUCCCACCACGAGCACCACCACCGUACGCUGCACUGCCGCGCCCAAACCGGCAACCUCGACGCCGAAACCCAGCCAGGAAGAGGCCAACAGCGGAGCACUACAGCAAGUAGUACCGCAAGUAGAGCCCAACGGCGGCGGCGCCGCCACUCCGGACGAGGCGAACGGCAGAAACCCGAACAGCAUCCCCGACGAGGAGACCCCGGCGUCGGCGACGGUGACCACCUCCUUCGCGGUGGCUCGGCGGCUGCCAUCCGCCAUCUCCCCGGGCCGCCGGCCGCGGACGGCGCUGACGCAGGAGGAGCCGCCCAACUACGAGAUCGGGUGGAAGCGCACCAAGGCGGUGCCCCUGGAGAAGCCCCGGGGGUGGGCCAUCGCCGACUUCCUGGAGAAGCUGGAGGGCCUGCUGGCGCGCGGGCGGUACGGGUCCGCGCAGCUGCUGGGCACCGUAGCCGGCGUGGUGACGGAGCGCGCCCGCGAGGAGGCCGAGGUCCUGGUGGCGGAAGGCGGCGUGGAGGAGCGCGUCGUCACGGAGCUCUUCCGCGUGCUCCGCCUCGUGGAGAUGGACGUGGAGAUGGUCAAGGCCGCCGUGAAGGAGGAGACCGUCAAGGAGCGCGUCGAGACGGCGCGCGCCCGCUGCCGCCAGGCCAUCCUCGUCGCCCUCUCGCUCUGA